AUGGGUCCCCGAUUACUGCAGGAAGCCUUGACAACCCACUUGAAAAACCUCCAUCUCGAUCUACCGCUCUUGCAACAUUCCAAAAUCGAGGGUUGUCAUAUAUCAAAAUCGAAAGGACGUUUCUCUGAAGUCGGCAAGCGAUUCGAUCACGAUGUGAAGGAGGCAUCUCGGGAAGAUCCCAUGCUGGUGUCCAUCCUCGAACGCGUCAGAAAGGGUUGGCGCGAUGACGAUCGCAGAGAUCCGGCCCUCGGCCUUUCGCUCAACAGGCCGAAAGCAUAUGCGAGACCGACGGCUGCCUUCUCUCGAAUGAUCGUCUACGCGUGCCGCAACCUCUCCGUAAAGCUCCACAAGCUACACGUCGCGCAUCCGGGCGUUCGGCGAAGCAGCGCCAAUUCCUUCUAUCAAUUCAGACCGAGCGACGAGCUCGACGGAAACGUGCGAAGCGCUUCAGAAACGAGAAUGGACAAUAAAGGUUUCAUAAACAGCAGCACCACCGACAUUCCGGGAAGAAUCGAGGAAUCCUCAAACGAACACGCGAUCAAUGCGAACGUCCUAGCGGAAACACGCCGUCAGAGUUCGAGUUUCCGGUUCGAGAUAACCCCGGACGAUCUUUACGGCUCAUCAUCCGAUCAUUCUUAUCGUAAGAGAACGGAGAACGCAAACUGUGCCCGAAAAAUGGCAGCCCGGUUCCAUCCCAAGAGACUGGUUCCGAUUUUGGAUUGGCUACCUCGGUAUGAAUUGGAGAAUCUGAAGGACGACGUUGUUGCCGCCAUCACGGUGGCGAUUAUGCACGUGCCCCAAGGUCUCGCGUAUGGGGAAUUGGCCGGGGCCACGGCGAUACAGGGUCUCUACGUUUCUACAUUCCCUCCCUUGAUCUACGCCCUGUUGGGAACCGGAAAGCACAUAUCGAUAGGAACCUUCGCCGUAGUCUCCCUAUUGGUGAGGAGUGCUACGCCCGUUAUUGCGGAACAUACGGUAUCUGUAAAUGGCACGGAUACCCAAAUCGGUGAGAUUUACUCCGUCGAUGAAGUCAUCUCCACUUUUGCCACCGUGGUCGGAUUGCUACAAGUGAUCUUAGGCAUCUGCUCCCUCGGAAGUUUAUCGGUUUUACUGAGCGAACCGAUGCUGUCGGGUUUUACGACCGGAGCCGCAACCCACGUGAUUGCCUCACAGCUCAAAGGUCUCUUCGACAUCCAGGUCCAGCGGAGGAAGGGAGUCUUCAAAGUCAUUCUGUCGUUUUACGACGUUGCCAUACGAUUUUUAGAGGUUAAUGUCGCCACGACCGUGAUGUCUUUGACCGCUGUGGUCGUGAUUUAUCAAGGACAGUUCUUGAACGAGAAGUUCAAGGCGAAGCUAUUCAUGCCUGUCCCCGUGGAGCUCGUCGUGGUGAUAAUCGUAACGCUGAUUAGCUACAUCACGAGAUUGAGUGAUCUAUACGGGUCUGCGAUCAUGGGGGAAGUCCCGACAGGAUUGCCACCGGUGACAAUGCCGCGAAUGAUCUUGUUCCCCGCCAUGCUCAAAGAAGCAUUCAUUGUGGCGUUCAUAAGCUAUGUGAUAUGCCUUUCGUUGGGGAAAACAUUCGCUCGUCGCAACGGAUACCGUAUUGACGCAAAUCAGGAACUCAUCGCCAUGGGGAGCGCAAAUGUGUUCGGUUCAUUCUUGGACUGUUUCCCUUGCGCUGCCUCGCUUUCUCGGAGUAGUUUGCAGGAGAAAAUCGGGUCCAAAUCCCAGCUGAGUUCGCUCAUAAGCUCUGCCCUUCUCAUCGUGGUGAUCUUGUUCGCCGGACCGCUCUUCUUCUACCUGCCGAAAUGUGUCCUCUCAUCAAUCAUCAUCGUCGCACUAAAAGGAAUGAUCCUCCAGGUCAACGACUGUUUCCGUUACGCCAGGGUUUCUCGCAUGGAAGCGGUCGUCUGGCUGAGCACCUUCCUCGGCUGCUUCGUCCUCGAUUUGGAAUACGGAAUCGUCGCCGGAGCUAUCUGCACCGUCGGCACGUUGCUCUAUCGAGACUCAAAACCCCGGAUACGAUUCGUGAAAUCAUCGAAAAAAGGGCGCCCCUUGUCGCAAUCGACGAGCUGGAGCGAUGAUCGGCAGGUAUCCGUCAUUAGGGUGGAGUCAGAGAUCAACUUCAUCAACCGGGACGCCUUCAAAGAUCAACUCCUUUCUCUGAUGUACGUCGACGAUGCCCCAGCUGAAGCGAUGCGAAAAUCCCUCUUGGUAUUGGAUUUGAGCCUAUGUCCCUACAUCGACUCUUCAGGUUGCACCACCAUACGCGAGAUUCUUACCCAUUUCACAAAACUCGGAUUCCGGAUCUGUGUCGUGGGCGCACACGAGGGCGUUACGGAGUCGGUGAUGCUCAGCGGGGACAACGAAGUCACCUUCUCGGCGAACCUCAAGAACGUUGUCUUUGACUUGAGCUACCAUCCCCUCUAG